AUGGCCGAAGCCGCGGCGGCGGCGCCGUCUGGCGAUGACGCCGUCGCGCCCAAGUUCGAGGACCAAUCUCCCACCGCGCCCUUCCAGCCCCCUCCCAUGGAUUCGAGGAUCGCCGAGCUGCUGAGCAGCCUGCAGAGGCACACAUCUGCGGGCAUCGCCGCCGGCCACGCCGCCUACGCGCCGCUGACAGUCGCGGCCGUGGCGGAUGGGGGUAGGGUUGGAGGCGCUGCGGCUGGCUGCAACACGCCCGUGCUGCAGAGACGGGCCCCGGGGGGGUCGCCGGUGUUGGUCACCGCGGCUCCCAGUCAGCUCAUCCAGCUGUCCAUUCCCAACCUGGGCGAGCGGGGGGCGACGGGGAGGACGAUCAUCAAGACUGACAACGGCAGCUCGGACUGUCCGACCAGCGCCAUGGCCAACGGCAUGGAAGACGUCGAUGACGACAUGGGCGACAGCGGCGCGUUCUCCAGGGGGGCGCAGCGGCCAAAGCGGUACCGGAAUCAAAAGCAGAAACUGUCCAACUCGAUGGCGCAGAAGCGGUACAGGGAGCGCAAGAAGCGGGCAUUCAUGGACAUGCGGCAGGUGAUCGACAGCCUGACCGCCGAAGUGGAGCAGCUCCGGCUUGUGAAGAGCGAGAACGACCGCUUGUGCCAGACGACCAAUGCUCUGGAAGACUUGGUCAAAAGCCAGCAGGACCAGAUCGAGGCACUACGCGGAAGGAUCAAGGCGGAGGCAAACCUUCCGGAAGCUUCUGUGGCGAUGCCAAAGGAGGUGGAACUGGUGAUGGUUUCUGCCCCCACCGACGGCCAGAUCAAUCCCCGACAUGGCACACCACAGGGUGCGUCGUUCGUGAAAGCCUACGAACUGUCGGAGGGGGCGGCAAAGGCCUUCCAACGUGCAGAUGGGCCUGGACCCCAAGGACCGAAGGGAUCUGGCCAUGGCAGGCAGGCAGUGGCCCCCCAGCUCUUGGUCUUGCCGGACGGGGCAAUUACUGCCAGCCUGCAGAGCGAGUGGAACACACACAUCCUGGCGAUGGAGCAGGUCCUUGCAGCCAACCAACAGCAAGGCCUCCCCAAUGGGCCCAUCUCGGAGGACGCCCUGCAGCUGCUCAGCCGAAUGGUUAGCAACCUGUACAGCCUGAAUGGGCAGCUCAUGAGUGCGCACAUGCAGCAAGUGCUGGAGAUCAACCGUCAGAACACAGCGAGGAUCUGCAGAAUUUUCAAUGGCCUGGCAGGGUGCAAGCCAGAGUGA